AGGUCAGUAGCGGCUCGCGAAAAAUGUCGCGGCCCGGCGGGGUCUGGGGGUCCGCGGCGGCCAUGGCCUGCGAGCAGCCUGACAGCCUGGAAGGUUGGGUGCCGCUGCGCGAGGACCUCUUCCGGGAGCCCGAGCGACACCAGCUGCGUUUCCUGGUGGCCUGGAACGCCGCGGAGGGCCAGUUCGCCGCGGCCGCGCGGCUGCGCCAGGUUCUUCAAGAUCACGGAAAAGCCAACACCAUGGUAGAGUUAAUGAAAGUUUAUCAAGAGGAAGAUGAAGCAUAUCAGGAAUUAGUUACCAUGGCAACCAUGUUCUUCCAGUAUUUACUGCAGCCAUUUAGAGAUAUGCGGGAAGUUGCGACCUCAUGUAAGCUUGAUAUUUUGAAGUCCCUGAAUGAGGAUGACCUGGGUCCUAAAAGGGUGCUUUCCCUGGAGAAGGAAGCCAAUGAAUGGACCAGACGGACUGAAGAAGCAGUGGUUUCUAUUCAAGAUGUCACUGUGAAUUACUUUAAGGAAACAGUAGCAGCAUUAACAGGAAUGCAGAAACAAAUGGAACAGGAUCGGAAGAGGUUUGGCCAGGCUGCCUGGGCCACAGCCAUGCCCAGACUAGAGAAUCUCCAGCUCAUGUUAGCUCGGGAGACUCUGCAGCUCAUGCGAGCCAAAGAGCUGUGUCUCAGCCACAGGCGAGCUGAAAUCCAGAGGAAGGUGGAGGAACUUCCAGACCAGGGAAAGACCAUAGAUGUUGUAGACGAGCUGGAAAUACAGUAUUACGAGAUUCAGUUGGAAUUGUAUGAGGUUAAACUUGAGAUCCUGAGAAGUGAGGAGACGAUCCUUGUCACACGAUUGGACUCUGUUAAGAGACUUAUAAAAGAGAAACAGGAUGAAGUGGUCUACUACGACCCGUGUGAAAGUCCCGAGGAGCUGAAGAGCCUGGCUCACAGUCCGGAGCUGCACCCUGGUGAGAAUGGAGAGCUGAGGGCACUGAGACAGCAGUGGCAGCGGCUGGAGGCUCAGCGGGGCCGCAUCUCUGCCAGGAGGGCCCGCCUCAGGAACAGAAAGGAUCACUGCCGAGAAAAUCAUCGACUCAGACUGCAGCAGGCUAAACAAAGUGUGAGCCGUUUUCACCAGCACCACAGUGUUCAGAUGAAAAGAGACAAAAUAAAAGAAGAGGAGCAAAAGAAAAAAGAGUGGAUAAGCCAUGAACGCCAGAAGACGCUUGAGCGACUAAAAGCAUAUAGGGAGAGGUGUCCAGCUCCUCAUUCCGCACUGAAUACGACUUGCUCAGAAACCAGGGUGCCAAACCUGUCAGGUGGACGCUCUCGGAAGAGAUCCUCAAUAGCUCAUCACAAGACAGAUCAUCCUUCCUCUAGCAAAAACGGAAGUGUUGCUUCUCCCUUACCUGAAGCUGAUACGAGAACCCUGGAGCAUCAAGACACCUGUGGUGGCAUCCCUGUUCAGGUUUUUGUUCCAGUUGGGGACCAGACACUCUCCCGAUUCAGUGAGGAUCUGUCACUACCACCACAGCCGCCUCCUCCUCCUCCUCCUCCACCCCCUCCUCCUCCACCACUUCCCCUCCGUGCUCUGUCCUCUUUUCAAGCCACAACUCAUCAGAAUUUAGGACUGAGGACUUCAGCAACAGAGGGUCAGCCACUCUCUUUAGCGUGCGAGGAGGCUGCUGAAAGACCAUGCGAUUGUCUGGACAGCUUCCAGCGUACAGACUCUAUGUACGAUGUGUUGGCCUUCAUACGGCAGGGCAAGGCCUCUCUCCGGAAAGUCGAAGUGCCUUCCUUGCCCCCUCCUCGCACUUCAGUCAAUGAACAAGUUCUGGCGGCCAUCAGGCAGGGGGUGCAGCUAAAGAAAGUCCACCCAGACGCAGGAGCGAAGCCCAGCAAGACGAGUACCAGCGACCUGGAGAGGAGCAUCAAGGCGGCCCUGGAAAGAAUCAAGAAAGUGUCUGCUGACUCAGACGACAGUGAUGAGCAGAACCCUGGCGUGUGGGACCACUAGGGUUUCCAGGUGACAAAGGCAGACAUGUCCAUAAACCCUAGACCAGCAAGGCUUCCCUGAGAACCUACUCUGUAGCUUAACACUGGGGAGAAGAGGGGAGGCGUGGUGACUGUCACCGCCCACAGUCAGUGGAGGCAGGCCGUGGGAACAGUGCUAUGUCCACUGUAGAGGCACUGUCUGACCUGGAGGUGCAGCCCUGUGGAAUACAUUAGACAAUGUACUUCCAUGUGCUUGGACACUGGUUCUUCAGACUUAAAGGCUUGAAUGUGAACAUGAUUUUAGCAAUAAUCCAAUAAAUUACAUAUAUUCCAGAAUUACUUUAAAUAUUUAAAUAAAAUUUAUUUUGUGUAUCACUACUACAGAAACUCAUAAUAAACAGUAUUUAUAAUG